CCUUCCAAAGAUCCAUCCACCACUUGCGAUAGCUUCAAAUUUAGAUCUUCGAGCUCCCAAUUCGUUGCAGUUCGCCCAGAAAAAAAAUUCUACCAUUUCGAAUUCACGAAUAUCUCCCUGUAUAUACUUCGCAAUGGCCACCGCUAUUCGAUCGAUCAAGUCCCUCGUCCCUCUCCUGGACCGUGUGCUGGUCCAGCGAAUCAAGGCGGAAACUAAGACCGCUAGCGGCAUCUUUCUACCCGAGUCCAGCGUGAAGGAGCUCAACGAAGGCAGAGUUCUAGCUGUCGGCCCCGGCGCGCUGAACAAGGACGGCCAGCGUUUGGCUAUGGGCGUGCAGACGGGAGAUCGGGUGUUGAUCCCUCAGUACGGCGGUUCUCCCGUCAAGGUCGGCGAGGAGGAAUUCCACCUCUUCCGCGACAGCGAGAUUCUGGCCAAGAUCAACGAGUAAUUGUAACGAUAUCCACGAUUGAUGACACCGAUGUACCAUAGCAUGCAUGUACAACAGGAGGCAUAAAAAGAGCUCGGGUCGGGUCAAGCUUUGCAUAGCGCAACGUGAUUUGGCGGCCGGGUGGGAAAAGGCGUCUUCGCGGAUCGUAGGGUAGUGCCUGGUCUAAGAGGCUCAACUUUUGCGGUUUUGAGGUGCAGUUAAUCUCCACUCAUCCCUCCGAAAUCUGUUCUUUAGGAACUAGUAUCUCUUCACGAAAUGAUAUGGAUGGCAAUUGCAAGUGUUUCCCCGUGUACCAAGCAUUCGAUGUGAUUAGUCUAGUUCUAGUAUACGUCCGUGCCUGUCAUAACACCAUUGUGAUUAUGAUUAUGAGACUCGUUGGGCCAGGUUAGGGAUACUAAUGAGUAUGAAACGAGAGGUCACAGGUUAUAGGGAAUAGUUGAUGGCAGUGAUGGCAGUGAUGACAGUCCUUGAAAACAAACACCCAAUUUGGUGUUCUCAUAUUUUACAUGACAAAUACCUUUUGAAGCUAACUACCUACCUAGAGCUCAGGCAAUCUUAGAUUUGAAUGUAUGAAUGAGGUGGCUGAUACGGAAUACUUAAUUAUUUAAUCUACGCCCAUCCAGUUAUCAAACAGCGAUCCCUCGUUAGACUGGAAGUCGAACCAUGGCAUUUCUUAGACGACUAAAUUAAAUA